AUUAGGUUAUCUAUAGUGUGAAACGAAACUUAAGGAGUUGUUCGGAAAUAUUUAUGUCCCAAAGCAUUCAAAUUCUACAUUAUUUGCUAUCAUUUUCAGUUUCUGAAUGUUUCUUUGCUAUUUUAUCAACAGUAAUUAAAAUAUAAUGAGUAAAACAAAACAUACAUUGAAAUAUUGGCAUCCACGAAAGCGAUGAGCAAGUUGAAUCUUAACCUUUAAUUAAGAAAAAUACAAGACAGUAGAUUCAGAGAAGGAAGCAACAAUUACGGCGAGGUUAUAACAACGACUUGACAAAUUUCCAAAACUAAUAUCGGCCAUAUUUUUAGGUCUCGCAAGCAAACUUCGCAAGAACAUAUUAUAUUUGUAUUAGUCAAAUGGUAAUUUAUCACAAAGUUGAAUAUUUUGUAUGAAAGGGAUAGUUACGUUAUCUUUUGUGGUUAUUAAUCGAUAAGAAAAUAUGUAUGGACAUCAACUCUUUGUCUUUGUUCUUGAUGUACUUAUUAUGUUACUUGAAACCGUGAUGAUUAUACAGUAAAUACUAAAACUAUAUAAUCAUUGCAUUUUGUCAACCAAAAUUUUGAAACAAGGUGACUGGAUACGUAUAUAUCUACCUAACCACAUUAAUUAGACGAUCCAAUAUGAAUUUUAUGCGUAAACCAAAUAUAGAUCACAAUGAACAACUAACCUAUUACAUACGAGAUGUUAGAGACUAGAUUAUAGUUAAUCAAGUAUUUUUUUCAGACGGUUAGCUGGUCUCAAGCUUCCACGUUGAAUCUUGAAAGUAAUAGUGAUUCUAGCCCUUUCUCACAAAAAUAAUAAUAAUAAUAAGAAUAGUGAUUCUAAAAAAUUUAAUUAUAAAUUAGCUCUUGAAAUGUUUUCGAAGUCAAAAGGUAUAUGUUUAGUGAUAAAUAUUGUAUUUAUAGACUAAUCAACCAUACAAAAUAAUGAGAUUGGUGAUGAAUUUUAGCCUUAUAUUUUGGAAAAUUUUCUCAAAUAGUUUUUUUUUAAAGUUUUUGUCACAAAAAAUCUUCGACAAAAAAUAAUCAAAAUAACCCAUCUUUAUUUUAAAAAUUUUAAAAAAAAAAUUAAAAAAAAUUAAAACUCUAUCACCAAAACUCCACCCCUUAAUUCUAAAUCCUAAAUCUAGAUUAAUUAACCCUAGGAUAAAAAUAUAUUUUUACUUUUUAAUCAAACUUAUUUUGGUCAUUUUCUUUAUUUUGGCUAUUUUUAUGAUAAAAAACUUAAAAAGAACUAUCAUAUAAAAUUUCUUUAUAUUAUUUUUCAUCAUUUGGGACAUUUUUAUAUUAAAACAUUUGGCGCUUUUGAUUUGAAUACAAAACGUGUUCCCAAGUACUGUAUAAAUUUGUUAAUUUACUUUCCAAAAAUAAUAUAAUGUUUGCAUGCACAAUUUGAAUAAAUCGUUAUUUUGACAUACUUUCACUCAUAACAUUAGGCAAUUCAAGUGCCGUUUACGUAUUUACAUUAUAUUUUCAGUUUGGUAUUUUUACACAUUAUACAUUGACGGUUGAUUGAGAUAAUCCAAGCUUUCAAAUUGGAGAACUUAAGGAAUUUAUUUUUCAGUACCAUAUAUGUCAACAUUCUGAAAUAUUUGGCAAAAUUACCAGAUUCACCAGAUGCUAAAAUUCAAAUGUAUUUUUUACUGUUCACGACUCUCUAGUUUAUAAAAAAUGCACAAUUAAAUAAUUUGCAGUUCGUUCAGACACGUGUACUAAACUCGAAUAUGACUUGUGCUGCCUAACAAUUCAAUAUCGGUUAUUGCAACUCGAGUUUGUCCUUCUAUAUUAAAAGGAAGUAGAUGAAAAAACCGAUAAACAUGAAACUUAAAAACAUUACAAUAACUAUGUGAUUAAAUACGCCAGCCAAAGAAAAAUUAUUACGUACUCCCUCUGUUUCAGAAAGAAGAAAGAUGUAUGUUUUAGAUUUUUCAAAUUUAUUAAAAAAACAUAUCAAAUUUUAGUUAUCAAUGUAUUAUUUUCUAUUAUCAACUAUUUUCCACAACUUUUAACCAAUAUUUUUUUUUAUAAACAUCAUUAUGUUUUUUGAAGUUUACAAUUUACAAUUAAUUUAUGCAUUGAAAAUAUAAAACAUACAUCUUUUUGAAACAAUUUUUUUUUCUAGAAUAUAGAUUUUUUUUAACGCAGGGAAUGUUUCUUCUGAAUUUUUUUCCUAAAAGAUACUAUAACCGCAAUUUCAACCUUUCACACACAAAAUAAAAAGCAAGAAAGAGUAAGGGACCUAAAACUACUACCGAACAUUGAGAUAGAGGAGACGACGACGUUAAAAAUCACUUUUGCUUAUAUGUUUUCAACUUUUUAUAUAUAUGUAUGGAUAUAGAUCACGUACUGCUUAGCUCAGUAAUUACACAUGAUGAAAUGUUACUGUGAAUGGUAUACAAUCAUGAACUCAAACUCUUUUUCUAAUAGAAAAGAAGAAAAAAAUAACUAACUAAAAUGUAAAACUCCCUAUCAAUCAAGCAAAAGUAAAUAAAAAUUCAAAUAGGGUAAGGCUAGAAGCUUAAAGUGAUGUUUUCGUAUCAAUCUCAAUCUCUCGCCAUACCUCCAACGCCAUUAAAACUUUAAUAAACCUAACUUUUUCUAUCCAUUAAGUUGUCUAUAAAUACACAUACUUCCCACAGCAAAGAGUCUCAUCUUACUCACAAGAAUCAUUCACACAGACACACUCUUUCUUAAAAACACCUUUUAUUUGAAUAAUACCGUUUCCAUCCUCCAAAAGGCUUUACUCGAGAUGGCACGUUGUUGCGUACCUCUUGCUAUUUUCUUAGGCGUUCUUUUGAUGCUCUCGUGGUGUGAAGCUUUGAGUAGCAACGUUGAUGAUGGAUAUGGUCAUGAAGAUGGAAGGUACGAAUCCGAUAGCUUAAUCAAGCUCAACAACGACGACGUUCUUACCUUGAAAAGCUCCGAUAAACCCACUCCCGAAUCAUCAACUGUUAGUGUAUCAGACUUCGGAGCUAAGGGAGAUGGAAAAACCGAUGAUACUCAGGCCUUCAAGAAAGCAUGGAAGAAAGCAUGUUCAACAAAAGAAGUUACUAGCUUCUUGGUUCCUAAAGGGAAGACUUAUCUCCUUAAGUCUACUCAGUUCAGAGGCCCAUGCAAAUCUUUACGUAGCUUUCAGAUCCUCGGAACAUUAUCAGCAUCUACAAAACGAUCGGAUUACAACAAAGACAAAAACCAUUGGCUUAUAUUGGAGCACGUUAACAAUCUAUCAGUCGACGGCGGCUCCGAGGGGACUGUUGAUGGAAACGGAAAAAUCUGGUGGCAAAACUCAUGCAAAAUCGACCGAUCUAAGCCAUGCACAAAAGCGCCAACGGCUCUAACUUUCUACAACUUAAUGAACUUGAAUGUGAAUAAUCUGAGAGUGAGAAAUGCGCAGCAGAUUCAGAUUUCGGUUGAGAAGUGCAACAAUGUUAAUAUAAAGAAUGUCGAGAUCACUGCUCCUGGCGAUAGUCCCAACACGGAUGGUAUUCAUAUUACUAACACCCAAAACAUUCGAGUCUCCAAUUCACACAUUGGAACAGGUGAUGAUUGUAUAUCCAUUGAGGAUGGAUCCCAAAAUGUUCAAAUCAAUGAUUUAACUUGUGGCCCCGGUCACGGAAUCAGCAUUGGGAGCUUGGGGGAUGACAAUUCCAAAGCUUAUGUCUCGGGAGUUAAUGUGGAUGGUGCUAAGCUCACUGAGACUGACAAUGGAGUAAGAAUCAAGACUUAUCAGGGAGGGUCAGGAACUGCCAAGAACAUUAAGUUUCAAAACAUUCGUAUGCAAAAUGUCAAGAAUCCUAUCAUAAUCGACCAGAACUACUGCGACAAGGACAAAUGCGAACAACAAGACUCAGCGGUGCAAGUGGACAAUGUGGUGUACCGGAACAUAAGCGGUACGAGCGCAACCGAUGUGGCAAUAACGUUUGAUUGCAGUGAGAAAUAUACAUGCAAAGGUAUUGUGCUUGACAAUGUGAACAUCAAAGGAGGAACAGCAUCUUGCAAGAAUGCGAACGUUAAGAAUCAAGGCUACGUUUCUCCUCAAUGCUCUUAAGUAACUACUUAGCUAAUUCUAUACUAAUAUACACACACACACAUAUAUAUAUAUAUAUAUAUAUAUAUAUAUAUACAUGUAUAUUGUACUCUACAUAUUGAUUCUUGCUAUGUGUAUAGAUAGUAAAGAUAUGGGGAAUAAACAUACAAUAGUCAAUAGUCGAAAGAUUUCUUGUCUUGUAUACUACUAUUGUUUUAGUGACAAAAAAAAAAAGUAUACUACUAUUGUUUAUUAUUUGUAUUUCCACGAAUAUGAAUAAGAUUAUGGGGUUGUCUGAUAUUC